UAUUACUACUUUUGGGGUGCAUAGUUUCUUAUUUUUCUUAUUCCUUAGCUCUUAUUUAUUUUUAACUUUCUUUUCCUUUUUUAGACUCAACCCUUUAUUCCUAUCUCUUAUCUCCUUCAUUUUCUCAAUAUUUGGUGCAAAUCUGUUUCCUUUUGAAGUUGCUUUUCUUGCUGCAAAUUAAGAUGGGGAGACGGAAGACAGAAAUGAAGCGUAUAGAGAAUGCAACAAGUAGGCAAGUAACAUUCUCAAAGAGAAGAAAUGGUUUGAUGAAGAAAGCUUUUGAGUUAUCAAUUUUGUGUGAUGCUGAAGUUGCUCUUAUUGUUUUUUCAACAAGAGGAAAACUUUAUGAAUUUGCAAGUUCAAGCAUUUUAGACACAAUUGAACGAUACCGCAGUCAUAGCAGAAUUAAUAAUACUCAAACAACAUCUGAAUCAGUUGAAAAUACUCAGAAUUUGAAGGAAGAAGCAGAAAGCAUGAUGAAAAGGAUUGAUCUUCUUGAGACUUCGAAACGAAAAUUUUUAGGAGAAGGUUUAGGGAGUUGUUCCAUUGAUGAGCUACAAAGGAUAGAGCAACAGUUGGAGAAGAGUAUAACCAAAGUUCGAGCAAAAAAGAUUCAGGUUUACAGGGAACAAAUUGUUCAGCUAAAAGAAAAGGAAAAAACCCUAGUUGCUGAAAAUAUCAGGCUCUCUGAGAAGGUGAAUUCAUCACAGCAAGCAAGAAAACCCUAUGUAGAUGAUAGUAGUCCAAGUUCAGAUGUGGAGACUGAGUUGUUCAUUGGACUUCCAGAAACAAGAACAAGGCUAGUUUCUACAAAGAUGAGGAAUAGUUAAUCACUCUAACUAUACGAAUGAAAAAUGAAAAUAUGAGGGUGAGGAAAAAUGUCUCACCAAUAUUGUAUUUGUUUGGUUAAUUAUGCUUUCUUUAUUUUGAUUAUAAAUAAUAGUUUUUAAAGUGGUGAAUGUUUUCAUUUUGACAAUUUUGCAUAAAUUAAAAAAUUUAGAUAAUUCAGUUUCAUGGUUGAUUGAGUAACUCAACUUAUAUAUGGUACUUGAAAUAGAUGAGUGUAAGCUGUUGGUCAAGCGAUCAAUUUUUAUGGAGAUUUUUUGUUUUUGUUUUUUUGUUUUACUCAUUUUGAAUUGUUGUAAACAAAUUGAAAAUUCAACUUCAAAUUGUUUAUUACUU